UCACUCGAUCGAAAUAGUAAGAAAUUCUACCUGCAACUGUCAUUGGUUCGAAUUUGUAUAUACCCCUACUCGGAAAUUUUUUCUCCAAACUCCAAGUGGCUCUGCCACUGAUCAUGAUGAACUCGUUCCUUCUAUGCAAACGUUUUCAAAAACGAAUUAAAAACGAAGAUGAUACCCUAUGGUAUGCAGUUGGUACUGAGAGGCAAUAAAUUUUUUUUGUCAAAAAAAUAUUGAAAAUGGAUCUCAUCUUGUAGAGCACAACGAACUCGUUCCAUCUGUGAAAAAAAAAUCCGAGUUAAAAUGAAGAAGAUAUGAGCCUAUUAAGAAAGUAAGGGAAAUUAAAAUGACAUUUAAUUCUCUAUCCUUAGAUAUGAAUUUUCUAAAUGAAGGGUCCAGAUUUACUUAUUGAUGGGUGCAUAACCCAUGACCCAUAUCUUGAGCCAACGGAUAGGGAGCAGAUCCGGUGAGCAAUGCAGUUAAAAGCGCGAUUCUACCUAAAAGCGGAAAAGGGGUAAAAUCGAAAAGCGGUGAAUCAAAGCGUAAAAGCGUAAGUUUUUUAUGCAUCCUGUAUAAUAGUUAAAAUAAUGUUAAGUAUGGUAUAAACUAUGUAAAAUAUGAGUUUACAGAGUUUAGAUAAAUGAAAAAAUACAUACAAUUCAUGUCUAAAUUAGAACAAACUCAUAACAUCUUAACAAUAAGGUCAUAAACAUAAAUCGUAACCCACAAACGAGUUAAGAAUCCAAAUUCUCACAAGCUGGUUUAAGUUUACAUAAUGAUAUAUGAUUUUAAUAAGUCCAAAUCCUUAUGUGGCCAACAUGCACAGAUUCCUGCACUACUAUCUAGAGUUUUGCUCUGGAAAUUGGGAAUCCUUGAAAUGGCACCCUGCUGCUUGAGUUGGGUUCAGGGGUUGCGUUAGGGAAUUGGAUUCUGAGGGUCUAAUUUGGGGUCCAGAUUCGUGGUUGGAUUAACCAUAGUCUAUUGAACAUUAUGAUCUCCAUGGUUGCUUGGUUCAAUCGGGCGAUUCUGAUAUGAGCAUUGGUGCUGUCAUAGGCUCUCAUAUUAAUCAGCCAAUAUGAAGAACAAUGAGCAAUGAGUCCUUCACUGAUGCCAGGCGCAUAAGCAAAAGAAGAAAGAAAGGGGACAAGUAUGGAUACAAGUUGACAUAUAUGGAUGCAGGGGAUAAGUUGACUUACUGGAAACGAGGGCUUGGUUGCUCGAUUGCGACGAAAAAAGGGCGAGUGUGCAACUGCGACGGGCGACAGGCGUUGGAGUUGGCGUGCGAUAGGUUCUGGAGCUACGGUGGAAUGCGGCGGCGGCGCCUGAUACUUCGCUGGAAGGCCGGCCUGCCUCGCGGCGGCAACGGGGGAUUGUUGCUGGAGAGUGGGUGGCUGCUGGAGAGAAUUAGGGUUGCAGGGGAAUGGAUUGGAAGCCAACCCGAUAGCCACCCUUCCUUUUUUUUUGAAUCCGAAAUACCAAAAUUGCGUCGUUUUGAUUGAGUGCCGGCAUUUUUUGUCGAAUGCUUGGAAUCGUAAAAAAAGGGUCUGAAAACGCGUUUUUAUACGUUUUCACCGAUUUUAACGAUUCUACUUACGCUUUUGACCGAUUUUGAGUGAAAACGAUUUUAUUAGUGAUUUGAAACAUUUUCCUACCCUAGAAACGUAAAAUCGUACGCUUUUACGCUUUAAAGCGCGAUUUUGACUGCACUGCCGGUGAGUAACCUUAUGGUGAGUAACCAUGAGUAACCCGUCCACAUUAGCAUGACAUCAACAUCCCUCUCUCUUCUGGAAAACCUUUUAUCUUUUCUCCUUUAAUCUUUAUCGGACGAUUGCCCUUUCGUUUUAAGUCGCAAUUUAUAUUUUUUGCACUGAUAAAUUAGAUUAAAUGUG